AUUUAUCCUAUUUCAUAUGGGUUUUGAUGUGGUCUAUCUUAUUAAUAUUAAUUGUGUGGAUGAUAGGGCAUAAGCCAUCAUUAAGCCUUAAUUUAUGUUAUUUUCUACCUCAAACACUCAAGAUACAUGAAGGUGAGAUGAAAUUUGUCGAUUUGUAUUAUAGUCAAGGAAACGAUAGCUCAAUAAUUAUUAUUUCACCUUAUUAUAAUUUAUUAAAUUACAGUAUUAAAUUUUAUAAUCAAAAUGAAGAUAUAGCUACAUUUAAAAAAUCUAUUACAUCAAAGAAAAAUACAAGUCUAAAAAUUAAAGGCUUGUUUUUAGGCAGAACUCAAAUCUAUGCAAAAAUUAAUAUAAAUAUUAAUAAUCAAAAUGUGAAAUGUCAGCCAUAUUUAAAUAUAAUUGUAUACAGGAGAUUAAAUGUUUUAUCCAAAAUAUUUCGACUUCUGGUUAUAGGAUUUGUGAUAUUAAACACAUUCUUAUAUGGAUGUAAAAUGGAUACACCAGCUUUUGAACAAAUAAUUAAAAGGCCUAUAUCAAUGAUAAUAUCAGUUCUCUGUCAAUUAAUUGGAAUGCCAUUGUUAGCAUAUUGGUUUACCCUUAUGUUUCGUCUUAACGUAGCGGACCGUAUGGGACUUUUCAUAGUGGGAUGCUCUCCGGGUGGUGGCUCUAGUAACAUGUGGACUUUUUUAAUGGGAGGAGAUUUGUUGCUCAGCAUUUGUUUAACUUUUAUAAAUACUCUUGGGACCUUUGGUUCAAUGCCCGCUUGGUUCGCUUUGUUAGGACCCAGAGUCUUCGUGAACGUUUCAUCUCGCACAACAAAUCCAUUCGUGUACAAACAUAAUUUUACUAUGACCAAAAUAAAUUCAGAAAAUCCGAAUCAAAUUUUUACACCUUUCGUUAUCCCUUACGACAAAAUAUUCCUUUCACUCCUAACCGUUUCCAUUCCGCCCUUGAUAGGAAUUGCGUUGAGGCGCUUUAAACCGAACAUAGCCACCAGUUUAUCCAGAUCAGCAAAACCAUUGACUAUCUUCAUGAUAUUUCUCAUUUUAGUUUUGGGGACGUGGUCAAAUAAAUACAUUUUUAGGGUCAUGAUAGAUCCUAAAAUGGGCGGAAGCUGGAGACUGGUGUUUGCUAGCAUGGCCCUUCCUUGGUCGGGAUUCCUGUUAGGCUACUUAGCUUGCGCCAUUGUAAAUACUUAUGGAUUUUUGAGCGACAAGAGAAAGAAUAUGUACAAAGCGAAUUAUUUAAAUAAUAGUACAAAAUGUCCUUGGUUAUGCGGUAAACUAGUGAAUGAAGUUGAUGUUAAUAGCAAAAACAACAAUAAUAUUGUUAGUGAUGAUAUUGUUACGAACGUCAAAGAAGGCGAGGAAACUCACAACAAUGUAACUACCCAUGAUUCAAAAAUUCGCGAAAAACUGAAUUAUUUAAACUCACCCAAAAGCUUGAUAACGUCCCACACGUUAAACAACUUAAAAUCCUUGAACCAUCAUAAACUUCCACCGCCCAGCUACCACUGCCACCACAAAAAAUUGUUGACACACAAUGACGGAACCAACAAACUUUCUAAACUUGAACGUUUUUAUAUUCUGAGAAAUAAAUACAAUAAGCGACUUAUUAUCCCUAAAGAACAGCAGAUAGCUAUUUUAAUAGAAACUGGACUUCAAAAUGCCGGUCUUGCUAUUUUAUUACUAUGGAACAGUUACCCUCAACCCGAAGCGGAUCUUGCAAUAACGGUGCCCGUCGUUUGUACAAUAUUUACCCCUAUCCCUUUAUUAAUUUACUUCACAAUUCGGUCUUGUUUAAAAUGGGUUAGGAGAAGAAAAACUGAUAAAUUGGUCAUUAGCGACCCAUUAUAAUAAAUAUAAAAUAUUAUAUACAUAUGAACACAAAAACUUUGUUUUUUUUACCCUUCCCAUGUUUUUGUGAAACGUUUGAGCCGAUAAACGAUUAAAUGGUCCAUUUAAUAUGAUUGAUUGAUACUAUUUAAACAGAAUGCAAUGUUUAAUUAUAAUAUUGAUCAUCUUAAGCUAAGUCACGAAUCAUUAAUAUUCGGUUGAAUUACACAUUAAUUAAUUGUUUAAUAAUUAAAUUGAUCUAAGUCAUUAAUAUAUUAAACAGAUAUUUUAUCAUCGCAUCUAAUCCUCAUUUUUUUAGAUAAAAUAUAUUAUAGUCAAUAAACUAUACUUUAUUUGAAAAAUUCAUUGUAAAUUAAUAAUGAUAAUUUUUUUUCUCGUAAAUUUAUACCAACCAAUUUUUUUUAUAAUAACCUUAAGGGGUAAAUAUUUAUUAAAAAUUAUUUACUUAAAUCAUAAUUUUUCUAACUAUCAUAAUGUUAUCUUAAAAUAUCAAUUACUAAUUAUAACGUUAUACAUAACUAUGCCAUUUGAUUGAUCGUAAAUAGAGCUAAACGAACACACUAAAUUUAUUUGGCAAAAGUUUAAAGACAUCUAUAAAGCCCAUUUUCAAACCCUCAUCUUAUACUUAGAAGAUUCGAUUAUGAUAGGGAAAUUUAAUUAGUUUUUUUUAUGUUAAGAAAAUUUACAUCUUUAUAAGUAGGCAUGUGAUAUAGUAUAAUAUUAAUUUAUAUGAAUAAUAAUAAUAUCUAUAAAAAAAAUUCCUUAUAUAUAAUUGUACAUAUAAUAUCCAACUAUACAUUAAUUUUUUUUAGUAAAUGAAUUAUAUCACAAACACAUUUAUGUAAAUAUUUUAUAAUCGUGCG